UAGACAGAAGCAGGCGUUCAUUGUAACCAGGUAGGGCUAACAGCUAGCCUAGCCUCGCUAACAUCAGUCCGGCACAGAAAAUGGCUAUCGUUAGCAUGCUAGCAAGCAGCGAACCAGAGUUACUGCUUUGUCAAAUCUAUCGACGUGUUAAAAAAUUGGAUAGGAAUCCUCAUUUCAUACAAUUCCACACUUAUGUGCCCUUUGUAUUUAUUUACAUUGGGAUUGCUUCAGUAGUCGUGGCUUCGUCGUUGAUAACUAGGCCCCAAAAUACCUACCUUCUUCACAUCCGCAGACGAUUCUCCGAUGCUCUCUUGUUUGAACGCUGGCUCCAGGGGCGAUUUUUUCCCCGAGAUUUUGGUCAAUAAAAUUGGUGUGACUCCCAUUCGAUACUCCAACUACCCCCACAAACACUAUACAUGUACUCGUCUGCGUAAUUCCCAGCUAAGCCAUUAUUAUUGUUGUGAAAAAGAGAACAAAUUUUUAACAAAUCGCUAGCUGGCUAUCGGCUAGCUUGUGAGGUCCUGCCCGAGCACGGGAACAUGAAUACCCCAAGAGCUAAUUGGCAUGCUCACAAACACACCCGGAACCCUGCUAUCCAGGAGUUAUCGGGUACCCCGUGAUGGGAGAUCGGUGCUUACAGAAAGUAUAUUAAUUGAUUGAAACAAAAAACGCAUAUCAAUAUUGCCGUGGAGAAUUACGGGUGUGAUAUAUUGUUUAUACUCGCAAGAAGCAAACGUGUUGAAUUUACUUGAAACUCGAUCGCUUACUAAUAAGCAUAACAUCAUCAUAUAAAAUAAAUUCAAACAAUUCAUCAGGAUGGGUUAAUUUGGUCUCUAAUUAAUAAAAAAUAUUGGGUUGACUAAGAAGUUAAGAGAAAAAAAUGAAGCAUUGAAUAUUUUCAACGGAGGGCUGAAGCGGAACCAUGGAGCGGAACAUAACGCAGUAUAAAGUUUCCGGAGGGCGAAGCGAACGAAGACAGCUUGUUUACAUCUCGCCUAGGAAAUGCAUAACGCACGCGACUGAUGGUACAACAUUUUCCGAAAAGGAAUUUGAUCAUCCACGUUUUCAUUUUCUUGGUGUCUCGUCUUUUAAAAACCGUAUUUGAGAAACACAUUGGUUAUAUGUCAACGAUAGUGUAUACGCUAACAUUAAAUCAUAUAAAAAUUGUAAAUCAUAAGUGAAUUCUUCACAAUGCUGGUUGGCUAUAGUAGUAGCUCCGACGAGGAAGUUGAGAAUCCAAGUGAAUUAGCAGAUUCGACUGGUAAACGCAAGACAGUGUCCUCUUCAGUGUCUUUUGAAGAGGAUUGUCAUGAUCGAGCUGAGAAUAAAAAAAUGAGAAUCGAACAGCAGGGGUCGAAAACAAGACUGCCUGUCCCUGGAUGUCUGUUGGCCAUGUUUCCAGAGGAAGAGGAGCCAGAUAAUGACACGUCCCUUCAUGAUGGACGUAUCCGUUCCUUUAAGCACGAGAGAGGAAAUUGGGCAACCUAUGUAUAUUUUCCAUACCCCCCAGACGAGGACUUCAUGGAGCUGCUGGAGGAGCUGCUGGAGGUGGCGGGAGCUCGCGGUGUGCUGCUGACCCAGCAGAGGGAGUUCCAUCUCAGCGUGUCUCAGACAGUGGUGCUGAAGCACCAUUGGAUCCAGCCCUUCACAGAGAGCCUUAAGGGCGGCCUGACCAGCUGCAAAAGGUUUGUUUGCUCUGCAGGAUCGCUCAGGGUCUACAGUAACGCUGAGAGAACCAGGACGUUUUUGGGAAUGGAAGUGUCUGCUGGACAUGCUCAGUUGGCAGAGAUUAUGAAAAUGGUGGACAAAACUAUGAUAGAAUUUCGCCUUGACACAUUCUAUAAGGAUCCCUCGUUUCACGUGAGUCUAGCCUGGUGCGUUGGGGACUUCACAGCCCAGCUGAAAGAAUGCCUUAAGGAAUUACAGGGUCUGGUUGACCACCAUGAGGAGGGGGCAUUCCUGCUGACGUUGGACUGUCAGGAGCUGCGCUGCAGGGCAGGAAACAAGACCUUCAGCUUUCCUCUGCAGUCCUGAAAAACCGGAUCUUUUAAAAGUGGAGCAGUAAAACACCAGCGGUACGACGAACAGAGUGGAGCCAAGGACAAAGCUCCCGGAUGAAACCAAGCGGGGUUGGUUUCAAAUUGAAAUGGAAAGAUAACAAUGUCGCGAGACAUUUGUUAAAAGGCUCUGGACUUCUUCGACAGACAUUAAUUAGCGUAGCGCUGGAAGACAUUGGUUCUUCUAGUGGCCACUAAAAAAUUAGUAAUGUGGAUAUCGAAAAAUAUGAAUUUAUAAUGGACAGAUACCUGCCCAUUAUCAAUGAAAUCCUCUUACAUAUUUAUCACAUCACAUGUAUACAUCCCAGCCAAAUGCAAUAUCAUCACAGAAGUCCGGAAAGCCACGUUUUAAAUGUUCACAUGUCAAUGAAACACAUGAUAUAUUUUUAGAAGAUGUAAAUAAAGAUUUAAGAUUCAGUAAAUGUUUAAUUUAGAAUCUGUAUAGAAGCCACAAGUAUCACUACUUAUUUGGAGGUACACAAUGUGUUAAUAUAAACUUCUGUGACCGCUAAUGCAAAAUGUACAAACAUUGAAUUUUGAAAAGUACACAAUGGUGAUUGAUUAUAGUACAUAAACAUCAUGGCAACCAAUGGGCUACAAGUUCUCAAUUGCUCGCCGCCACAAUAACUCAUACAUCAUUAGUCCACGAGCAGUAUGCUUCUGUGAUAUUUGGCUUGGUGUUUUUGGUGUACCGGUUGAGCACAUAGUCUAUAAAAUACAUAAGUGUGUUGCAAAUGAACUAGGUGCAUUUGCAGAUAGGCAUUACGUUGUAAACAAAUUGAGAAGGCAGAAAAUUGGGAUUCACAUGAAUAUCAGCAGCACGCACACUUACGAUCAACGAAAGGAAAAAAAAAGUUACUCAAAUUGUGAGGUAAUGUAACGAACCAGGAAGAUAAGGUCCAAAGCAACUAAUUUAAAUAUAUAUAUAUUUUAAGGAAAUGAAUUCACAAAGGUGCUAUUAUAAUAGCACAUAUAAUUGUCGUUCAGAUCUUAAUAUAAUUGUUUGAAGAAAGGUAAUUGGCCCACUGUAAAACAAUACAUUUCGACUAUUAAAAUCCUAUUAAAAAAUUAGAAUUCACUGCAUUAAAAAUGUUCUAAAAAAAUGACAGCGCGUGAAGCAGGGUUAAGCGGAGUGCACCACAGAGCCGGCACGGGUUAACGAAUGGUAACA